AUGAGCAGUCUGGCUGCAGAGCAGCGGCCGUUGAAGCUCAAUUUCUACUGGAUUGCCGGGAUCUACAACAUCGGGCAAUACGGAUGCAAAAAGAAGUUUUCGAAUCAGGGAGGCCCAUUCCCAACCAUCUCAUCAGCAGCAGACGUGACUAUAAUCAACGGAGGCACGUGGAUCCAUGGCUUCUGUGACGCUCCUGAAGAUGCUUUCGGCUUCUUCCUUCCAAGAAUUGGGCUUUUAGAUGGGCGGCAUGUAGAGGUGCCAAAGAUGGAAGACUACUGUAGCGCUCGUGAUAACCACUACAGCUGUUUCAGACACCGCCCCAAGUUUGGGAAAGGGAAGGGAAUUUAUGAAGGUGAUGUAGCAUACGGUCGGUGGUUCUUCGACCCACCAAAGGGAAAGUACACGUGGCAGCUGUACCCCUGCGCACAGCCACUCCCGCCGCCCUGCGAAUGGAUUAGCGCGCUUCAGUCUCGGGGCAUCUACGAGGUCAACAUCGUGGGUGAUUCACAUCAACGGUUCCUGUUCAACUACCUUUUCUUCUUGUUGACAGGAGAGGCGUACGAAUCCGACGCCAAGAAAUAUGAUAAUAUGAUGCGCGAGGUCAUGCCCUCUCGACCCCCCUCUCCGCCUCUUCUUCCUCCCUCUCCUCCCGCUCCUUCUGCAUCGUCCCCGGCUCGUCCCACGACCUCGGCUUCAGAUCCGGUUUCUGGAACCUUUGCUCCCCCCUCCCCUUCUGCCGCCUCUGCUCUUGCUGCUGAUGUGCCUGCCACCCCUGCUGCUACCACCUCUGCUCCUGCUACUGAGGAGGCAUCACACGGCAGCAACAGCAGUCAAGCUGCAGAGCUGCGGCCGUUGAAGCUCAACUUCUACUGGCUUGCCGGGAUCUACAAUGUGGGGCAGCACGGAUGCAAGAAGGGGCUCCUGAAGGACGGCCGGUGGUUUCCCAAGGUCUCACCAGCAGCAGACGUCACCAUUAUCGACGGAGGAUCAUGGACCCAUGCGUUCUCUCGUGCUGGCUCGAGCAGUUGUCUGAGUCAGUCAGGCCCCCAGCUGCAGGAUUCGGCUGAGCUGGGUGCUGCGUCAGAGGGUGGGUAG